AUGCUCUAGCUCUUGCUCGGCUGCGAGCCACCCAGUCGCCAAGACUGAAAUGCAUGGAUGAUGAAACGGUCGAUGCGGGCUUUCAGUGUGCCUUUUUCUCAUUCGACAAAACAUGCAAAGUCUAGACUUGGCACAUAUACUCCGAUGCAAUACUACCCUGGGUCACCGACUCGUCAUUGCAUGUACAAUGAUCGACGUUGUUGUUGUUGUUGUGUCAUUAAAUCGAAGCCCGCUGGGACUUGAGCUUGGUGAAGAUUUGACGUUUACCCUUUACUUUGGGGGUCCCGGGUCGUGUGAUGCAAAGAAAGGAUAUUUGACGUCAACACAAAAGAGGGAGGAGUUUACAGCUGAUGCCCUGAGUUAGUCACGAGUAGUAAGUCUGGUGGAACGGUGACGUUGUUAUCACAUUUCGGACCAGUCGAACCAUUACAAGGGUCUAGUAUAAAGUGCAGGGU